AUGUCGCCGGUAAAGAGAAUCAGGAUUCAACCAAGUGGAAGUGCAAAUAGGAAGAGAAGGAAAAGACAAGAUGAAUCGGUAAAUUCUCAAAGAAAUGAUAUGCUAAAGUAUGUGACAAGAACUAAAAGAUCUGAAACUGUUGGGGCUGAGAUGAACGAGGAAGAUGAAGAACUUCCUAUUGAAGAAGAUGAAGAACUUGUUACUGAUAAUGCAGAUGCAAAAAGUGCAGAAGGAUUCGUUGGAGAUGAUGCAAAUGGAAGGACCGAGAGUACAGAAUUUGAAGAUAAAGACGGGGAAGAGAAUGAAGAAGUUGAUGGUACUAAGCAUUUUUAUGAGAAUGUGGAUAUGGAUGAUCCUGGAAAUUGGGGAGAAAUUGACCAGAAAAUGAGAGAUUUUUUGGUAGAGAAAGGUCCACCCACAAGACAACCAGCGGGUUAUCCUUAUCCGAGAGAUGGUAUUAGAUGUUUCACUCAUUCUUGGUAUACAAGAAAUGAAGAAGUUGAUGGUACUAAGCAUUUUUAUGAGAAUGUGGAUAUGGAUGAUCCUGGAAAUUGGGGAGAAAUUGACCAGAAAAUGAGAGAUUUUUUGGUAGAGAAAGGUCCACCCACAAGACAACCAGCGGGUUAUCCUUAUCCGAGAGAUGGUAUUAGAUGUUUCACUCAUUCUUGGUAUACAAGAAAAAUGAGCAAUGGAGAGAAGCAAGACAGAAGAUGGUUAGUUUAUUCAAAGUCUAAAGACAAGAUCUUUUGUUUUUGCUGCAAACUAUUCACUCAAGAAACAAAUCCUCCUAUUUUGGUAACUACUGGGUAUGGUGAUUGGAGAAAUGCUUCACAUAGGCUGAAUAGACAUGAAACUACUCAUCCUCAUAUGGUUUGCAUGUCUCGCUGGGUUGAGCUAGAGUUAAGGCUGACAAACAAAGAGACUAUUGAUAAACCUUUGCAGGAGGCUAUUAACAAGGAGAGGAAGCAUUGGAGAGAUGUGAUGUUGAGGAUAAUUUCAGUGGUGAAGACUCUAGCAGAAAGAAAUUUGGCAUUUCGUGGAGGAAAGGAAAAGGUUGAAGAUCUGGACAGUGGGAAUUUUGGGGCUUUUAUUAGGAUGAUCGGAGGGUUUGAUGAAGUAAUGAAGGAACACAUUCGGCGGUUUAAUAACCGUAAAAGUCGGUACCAUUAUUUCAGCCAUAAGAUUCAGAAUGAGUUGAUAGGAUUGCUUGCUGAUGAGAUUAAGAUGGAGAUCUUAAAGAAGAUCGAAGAUGCAAAGUAUUUUUCAGUCAUCUUGGAUUCAACUCCGGAUAUUAGUCGUAAGGAGCAAAUGACCUUUCUAAUUCGAUGUGUGGAUAUUUCUACGGAUUCACCUAAGGUUGAGGAGUUCUUUUUGUCAUUUUUGGAUAUCAAAGACAAGACAGGAGAAGGAAUGUUUAAUACUCUUCAAGACAUUGAUGAUGUAAGAGGACAAGGUUACGACAAUGGACAGAAUAUGAAAGGAAGAAAGAAAGGAGUUCAGAAAAGAUUGCUUGAUAUAAACCCAAGGGCAUUUUAUACUCCAUGUGGAUGUCAUAGUCUCAAUCUUGCUCUUUCUGAUAUGGCUUCCUCAUCUAAGAAAGCUCUUUCAUUUUUUGGUAUUGUGCAGCGCAUAUACGUCUUGUUUGCAGCUUCAACCAACAACUGGGAAGUCUACAGAGAGAAGGUGAACGGUAUAACACUUAAACCAUUGGCACCAACUCGUUGGGAAAGUCGCAUUGAUAGUGUUAAACCAAUAAGAUUUCAAGCUGCAAAGAUAAGAGAGGCUUUAUUUUACUUGGCACAAUAUAGUGAUAAUCCAGGACAUCGUAGUGAGGCUGAGUCUCUUGCAGAAAGUGAAACACAUGGAAUUGGAGGGUUUGAAUUCUUGUUUGGAAUGGUAAUAUGGUAUGAUUUGCUUCAUGCUGUCAAUAUUGUGAGCAAAACCUUACAAUCAGAGGAUAUGGAUCUUGAGGUUGCUAGUAUUCAGUUAAGAGGGCUUGUUGAUUUUCUGAAAAUCUAUAGGGAAACAGGUUUUGAGAGAGCAAAAGCUGAAGCUAUGCAAAUUGCCAUUGAUAUGGAGAUUGAACCAACAUUUUCUACAAAACCAAAGCGCUUGAUUCAAAAAAAGAAGCAUUACGGUGAAGAAUCUGAAGAUGCUGAGAAAGUUGAUGAAAGUAACUCGUUAAAUGCGGAGGAGCGUUUUAGGAUUGAUUAUUUUAUCAACAUAGUGGAUCAAGCAAUAGUGUCUCUUGGGAUAAGAUUUGAGCAAUUUGGAGAGUAUGAGGCAAUUUUUGGAUUUCUGUUUGGUUUGAAGAAACUAAAGUCAGCAAAAGAUGAUGAGUUGAUGGAAUCUUGUAUGAAGCUCGAAGCUUCUCUAGAGAAAGAUGGGGUUUCUGAUGUAGAUGGAAAACAUCUAUUCAUGGAGUUGCAGUUUUUAAGAGGAACGAUCCCAAAAGAGAUAACAAGGGCGACUGAGAUGUUGGAAUUUUUGAAAAGAAUGAAUGGGUGUUAUCCUAACACAUGGAUUGCUUAUCGCAUUUUACUAACAAUUCCGAUUUCAGUUGCUUGUGCAGAAAGAAGUUUUUCCAAGUUGAAGCUCAUAAAGAAUUAUUUGCGUUCGACUAUGUCUCAGGAGCGGUUGAAUGGUUUGUCAAUGAUAUCAAUAGAACAAGAUUUGGCAGAGAAGCUUGAUUAUUCAAAGUUGACGGAUGAUUUUGCGAGCAAGAAAGCAAGGAGAGUUAAGUUUAUUAAGAAAUGA